GGGGCGGCCUUCGUUAGUAAGGAACGAUGGAAUACUGGGUGCAUUUUAAAAGUCUCUGGCAACUUUAAACGAAAAGCCACUGGGUUUAUUUGAGCCUGGAUUUCGAAGGGUCCCACUCUCCUAUCCUGCAACUUUCUGCACUUACCCGGCAUGUUAAGAAAGCGGGUCGACAGCCACACUUGAUCGCCCAUCUUGAGGGGGGCCCCCUCACAGACGUUGGCCAGCAACUCUUUUGUAUUCCCUUUUGGCUUCGUCUAAUUGUUGUUUCAACACUUGCUGGGCUGCCUGUAAUUCCUGGAGAAACUCCUCAGCCGCGGGUACCGGCCCACUGCCUGAGCGGCUGGGAAAAGCUUUGGGAUGGAAUCCAUAAUUAGCAAAGAAGGGUGUUUGCCCCGUGCUGGUGUGCACGGAAUUAUUGUAGGCGAAUUCUGCAACAUGUAAAUAGGAAAUCCAGUCAGUUUGCUGGUAAGAUACAUAACAACGCAGGUAUCUCUCCAAAACUGCGUUAAGUUUCUCGGUUUGUCCAUCAGUCUGGGGGUGGUGAGAGGAGGAGAGCCUUAGCUCCGUUUUCAGCUGCUUCCAAACGGCUUUCCAAAACUUAGCUGUGAACUGAGUGCCUCGAUCCGAGACGAGGCUGUCUGGCAACCCAUGCAAUCUAUAAAUCUCUUUUAUGAACACCUUUGCCGUCUCCUUUGCAUCCAAGGCCCCAGAACAAGGGAGGAAGUGGGCCAUUUUAGUCAAUGAAUCCACGAUCACCAAAAUAGCAGUCAUUCCUUGUGACCUGGGUAGAUCGGUUAUAAAAUCCAUGGAGAGGUCCUGCCAGGGCCCCUUUGGAGUGACUAGAGGUUCCAACAGCCCUGCAGGCCUUCCCGUACUUGUCUUCGCCCUCAAACACACGGCGCAGGAUUUUACAUAGUUCUCAACAUCUCUGCGCAUUUGAGGCCACCAAAAAUCCUUAGCUACAUUUUGAAUGGUUUUAAAAAUGCCAAAGUGCCCAGCUGUGGCAUUGUCAUGGCAUUGACGCAACACUCUGAGUCUGAAGUCUCCUUUUGGCACAUAUCUAGCAGUUUUAAACCACAACAACCCAUCCCUCCAGUGGAAACUUACUUCUGAGUCCGUGCUCUGCUCCAUUUCCUGGAUGUAAUGUCGUAUGUCUGGAUCCCCCUGCUGGGCCCCCUUGAGCUCUUCUUCCCAGGACGGCUGACAGGCUCCUAACACUGGUGUGCUGCACUGAUUCAGUGCAGAGUGCAAAUCUGUGUUCCCCACCUGCAGGAUUGUGAAGGGCUCAAGAGAUACCUGCAAAGUAUGCUAGUUCUAGAAAGCCCAGGCCUUCUUGGCUUAUGAUAUCACAGGAUUCUUGGAACGUUUCUUCCAACUGUCAUUCAGGUCAUUGGAACAGCUACAGGACAGCUCAGAAGUUUUAAAUGCUACUUGAGGGGAAGCACAAGGCAACUCUGGAGCGUCAAGAGACAUCAGUUCUUUGAUAUGCCUCAGGAUGAGAAGAACCCAGGAAUGUCCUUUCCCCGCAAAAUGCCAAAAGAGGCAGAAGGCGAUACGGAAUGGAGCAUGGGUGACCCCUUUGAGGCCUUGGAGAAGCUCCAGGGUCUCUCGGAUGGGGAGAAGGGGGAGAAGGCGUUGCUGCGUUCACGCCUCCAUGAGCAGUCUCAACUGAUUUGUAUCCUGAAGAAGCGAGCCGACGAUCAGCUCUUACGCUGCAAGGCCCUGGAGCAGAUCAACACAGAGCUGGAGGAGCAGAGGAUGGCAGAUGCUCUGAGACUGGACAGCCAGACUCGGCGUGUCCAGCAGCUGGAAGAGCGCUUCAUGGACCUGGCGGCCAACCACGAGGAUAUGAUCCACUUCAAAGACGAGCACAAGCGGCAGAACAUGCAGCUGAGGGAAGAAAAUCGACGCUUGCGUCAGGAGAACCAGAGCCUCUUCAGCCCAUCUUUGAAACAGAAAGAGGCGGAGCUGGUCCAGCUCACUUCAGAGUUUAAGAGACUCUCCAAGGAAAUGGAGUCCUUGAAGGAGUGUUAUGAACAGGACAGCCAUUGUGCCCAAGAGCGAGAGAAGGAGCUUCUGGAAGCCCAGCGCCAGCAAGCCAAAGCUCACGCUGAAGAAAGCAACUCAUUGAGAAGCCAACUGGAUAUCCUAGAGGAGAAACACAGUCACGUCACUGAGGAACUGGAGCUAGUGGAAAAGAAGCUCAGAGAGGUGGACAGCAGUCUGCAAGCCAAGCUUGAGAAGUUGACCAAGGAGAAGGAAGAGCUGCUGAACCUGGCAAUGGACAGAGGCAAGGUGCUGCAGGAGAAGCAGCUGGAGAUCACGCACCUGGAGAAGAAGGCAGAAGAUAUGGAGAGAGCCAAGCAGGCAGCAGAGCUGCGCUUUGAGACUGAAGCUGCAGCAGUGGACAGCAACCUCCGGGUCCGAGACUUGCGGCGGCGGUUAGAUGGGGUGCAAGAAGCAUACACUGAGCUCCGGAUGCAUUUUGAAGCAUACAAGAAGCACAGCACAGAGUUGCUUACUAAAGAGAAAGAACUGAACACCAAACUCCGACAUUUCAUGGCAUAA